AGUUCCAGGUCAGCCUCUUGUUCAGGAGCUGCAUGGGUCAUCACAGAUCCUCCUGGCACUCUGCUCUCGAUGAUUCACACUGCCUGCCGGACUCGUUUUAAUCAUUUUGUUUCGCAUGCUUUUUCUUUUCUCUCUCGCUCUCUUUUUUAUUUUAUUUAUUUGUUUUAUUUAUAGCGACAAAGCACAGAAAAGUUCUCAAAACAGGACAGCGCUGUGCGAGCGUCGACUCUUGGGGGUUAGUAGGAGUGGGAAACUGAUACGUGACGUUUUUUUCACUCGAUUACAGUUGAAUGGGCUGGGUGAAACGACACAGACACACCUCUCCUGUUCUUUUGGUACGGACGCGCUAUCGCUUGCCCGGACUGUGCUCAGUGCUUGUCCUCCGCUCUACGGGCACUGAUGGGGGCGAUUUAGGUGGAGCUGGCUUCACUGGAAUUCUCGGUCAUCUUUUCCUGUUGUGCCGCAUCAGACACCUCCUGCUCAAUGACAGCCUAGAUCUGGGAUUACCGGGCUACGAAGGACUACCAUCUGGCUCCUCUGACCUAGAACAGUUUUGUCUUUCUUCGUAUUCUUCUUAAAUAUGCAUUUAUGAUUUAGGCUGGAAGUUCCCAUUCUUCAGACAUGUCUCAGCGAUGUAAAUCGUGGCGAAAUCCAUCGAUAGCUGACCAGCUUCCCUGGAUUUCGCUGACAACACCGCUUCACUUGGACUGAAGAUGGAAACGCUGGAGUCGGAGCUGACCUGCCCUAUCUGUCUGGAGCUCUUUGAAGACCCCCUGCUGCUGCCCUGCGCCCACAGCCUGUGUUUCAGCUGCGCUCACCGUAUCCUGGUCUCCCACUGCGCCUCCAACGAGCCCGUGGAGUCCAUCAGCGCUUUCCAGUGCCCCACCUGCCGUUAUGUCAUCACCCUCAGCCCCAGGGGCCUAGAGGGACUCAAGCGCAACGUCACCCUUCAGAACAUCAUCGACCGCUACCAGAAGGCCUCGGCGAGCGGGCCCAACUCCCCCAGCGAGACGCGGCGCGAGCGCCCCCCCUUCGACGGCACCGCCAUGAGCGCUCCCAGCGAGCGCGUGCAGUGCCAGUUCUGCGAGCAGGACCCGCCCCAGGAGGCAGUGAAGACCUGCGUCACCUGCGAGGUGUCCUACUGCGAGGAGUGCCUGAGGGCCACGCACCCCAACAAGAAGCCCUUCACGGGCCACCGGCUCACCGAGCCCCUCCCGGACGCCCACCUGCGCGGGCUCACCUGCCUGGAGCACGAGGACGAGAAGGUGAACAUGUACUGCGUCACCGACGAGCAGCUCGUCUGCUCCCUGUGCAAGCUGGUGGGCAGGCACCGCGACCACCAGGUGGCCUCCCUCAGCGACCGCUACGAGAAGCUGAAGCAAGCGUUGGAUUCAAAUCUCAGCUGCCUCAUUAAGAGGAACAACGAACUGGAAACUCUCAUGGCCAAGCUGAUCCAGACUUGCCAGCAAGUGGAGGUAAAUGCAUCACAGCAAGAGAGCAAGCUCCUUGAGGAAUGUGACCUCUUGAUAGAAAUCAUCCAGGAAAGACGACAAAUUAUUUCAGCGAAAAUCAAGGAGGGAAAGUCUGUUAGGCUUCGCAAACUGGCACAGCAGAUUGGAAACUGCAAACAGUGCAUUGAGCGUUCCUCUGCCCUCAUCACGCAAGCUGAGCAGACACUCAAGGAGACCGACCAUGCUCGUUUCUUGCAAACAGCCAAAAACAUCUCAGAGAGGGUGUCCAUGGCAACAGCAUCCUCUCAGGUCCUGAUUCCAGAAAUCAACCUGAAUGACACCUUUGACACAUUUGCAUUAGAUUUCAGCAGGGAAAAGAAGAUGCUGGAAAAUCUUGAUUACCUUACAGCACCAGACCCCCCUGGAAUCCGGGAGGAGCUGUGCACUGCCUCGUACGACACCAUCACCGUCCACUGGACGUCGGACGACGAGUUCAGCGUGGUUUCGUACGAGCUUCAGUACGCCAUCUACACUGGACAAGCCAAUGUUAUCAGUCUGUGUAAUUCAGCCGAUAGCUGGAUGAUCGUGCCCAACAUCAAACAGAAUCACUACACAGUGCACGGCCUGCAGAGUGGCACCAAAUAUAUAUUCAUCGUCAAGGCGAUCAACCAGGCCGGGAGCCGCAGCAGCGAGCCGGGUACGCUGAAGACCAACAGCCAACCGUUCAAGCUAGACCCGAAGACAGCCCACAGGAAGCUGAAGGUGUCACAUGAUAAUCUGACAGUGGAGCGUGAUGAGACUUCCUCCAAAAAGAGCCAUGCGCAGGACCGUUUCACCAGCCAGGGGAACUACGGUGUCACGGGCAACGUGUACAUUGACAGCGGCAGGCACUACUGGGAGGCACUGAUUGGAGGAAGCACAUGGUACGCGGUGGGCGUGGCCUACAAGUCGGCGCCAAAACACGAGUGGGUGGGGAAGAACUCGGCCUCGUGGGUGCUGAGCCGCUGCAACAACACCUGGGUGGUGCGGCACAACGGCAAGGAGGAGUCCAUCGAGCCCUCCCCCCACCUGCGGCGCGUGGGCGUGCUGCUGGACUACGACACCGGCUCCCUGGCCUUCUACGACGCCGUCGGCUCGCAGCUCCUCUACGCCUUCGACGUCUCCUUCGCCCAGCCCAUCUGCCCCGUCUUCAACGUGUGGAACAAGUGCUUGACCAUCCUGACGGGGCUGCCCAUCCCCGACCACCUGGAGGCCGCUGACCUGCAGGAUUAGAGGUCGUGCCUCAACGGCAAACGAAAAGGAAAGGGCCCGGGGAGACACAAAAUGGUCGUCUUUCGCUAGGUGUCUGAUAUGACUUUCAUCCGGUUUGCUGUAUGAAAAUAGGGGGAAAAGCCAUGGCUUUAAAAAUUGUAUAUUAUUCAAUGUGAAAUUAAUAGUGAUUAAUUAUUUAUGAAAACAUUGAUUUCAGAAUAUUGUAGUUGUUAUUUUUUUUUAAUUGUAAUGUUUUGCACGUGUUAUUGUUUACUAAUAUAUUUAUGCCUAGGCCAUUUUGUGAAGAUAAUGUGUAUAACAUUUUAAAAUGACCUAACUUUUAAAAUGGUUUUUCUAAUCUGAAAUGAUCAAAGCUGACUUAUUAUGUUUCAAUUUUUUUUUUCUCAACAAUUUUCAUCUACAAGUUAAUGUAAUAAUCACUGGGUCUUGGUGAAUCUGAAAGAUGUAGCGCAUGAUACUAUAGAAAACAGCCAUGUUAUUUCUAUAAGACUCCAUUGUUGUUUUUUUUUCUGUUCUAGGGUGAAAUAAAAUAACUCUUUGAUACAUUGUUUUUAAUCGCCAAAUCAUGCAGUAUUGUUAAAUAUUCACUGAAUUAAUUAGCCCCUUCUAGUCCGGUACCAUGCUCUGAAAAUCCCAAAAAAGUUACGGUAAAUGUACCCAGAACUUUUUUUUUUUUCCCUUGUCCAGUCCAUUGUCAGUUUGUCCAGCAGCAUUGUAGGAACCUUCAGACCUUAUUCAGCUAUUUUUUUUUUUUAGUUAGUUUUUGCUUGUUUGUUUGUUAAACUUAAAAAAUCAUGUUGAUUGUCAUCAAUGUCAUUUUCACCAGGAAGUUGGCAGUUUUCAAUGCUUAGCAUCAGAAUAUUAUUCUAAUUUUUUUUACAUUUCUUCUCGAAGAAAUGCCUCUACUGCUUUUUCACUAAAGAAAUUCAAAAUUGUUCUUAACAUAAUCACAGUGAAAUAGGACAGUAGCCAGAAUGCUCUCACACAUUCUAGACAUUUUUUUUUUUGUACUGCCCCAUCUGGAUUUGAACUUUAAAACUAUUUGGAUAAAUAGGAGAAACAAUUGGUUUGUUCUGUGUGUUGCAAUCAUGAGAAUAACCUCUUUCCAACAGGGAGUGGUGAUGUAGUUAAGUGGUAUUCUUUUUUAUGAUUCACCAUGAUUUUUUAAUUGUUAUGUAUAUAAAAAGGGAACAUGAGUUAUUUCCUUUUGUCAUUUAUCAUGUAUCAUGUGCGUAGUCUCUGCUAUCCUGCCUGUGCGUUUUAUCCUGAGGGAAAAAAUGGGUGUGAGACAGUGAAAUGGAACAUUUGUGUCCCUUGAACUGAUAAGGUUGCCUGUCUUGCUCGGUCUGCAUUUUAAAAGGUCACAGACAACCACGGAAGCAGAGGAUCUACACUACGAUGUUUUAACUGCUGGGUACUCUGGAGCACAAAGACAAUGAAUCACUAAUGGACCGAUCGAGGAUUUCUCCCCAAGACGUUGAUUGUGAAAUUGCAGUGUUUCGUUUCACUACACAUUGAUACUUGAUGUUACAUAGCUUUUGCACCUUAGUUGCUUAGCUUUGAUUUGUAAGUAAGGAAAUUGCAAUGAUUAGCAGUAUACGCUUUUGAGGUUGUGGAAUAAAAAAAAAAUUGCAGUGUUCUUUUCAUGGAAAGAACCCUC